AUGCCCAAUUCAUACGGCACUUGUUGCAGUCCCAAAUUUUCUUGGUUCGUAUCAGACAGUGAUUCACAGGUUACAGAGAAAUCAUUUGACUUUACAAAUGGCCAUUCAUUCUCAACAGUAAUACCAGUGAAAAAGUCUCAUCUUGCAGAAGUGUCAAAGGUAUCAAAUUCAAAAGCGAUAUAUUAUGGUGUUGGUGGAGCUGUUGCAGCUUGUGUGGUAACAAUCGGUAGUAUAAUAAUAAUUGUUAAAGUAAGUGGAAAGGUGGUAUCUAAAGUUUCAAAUAUGAAAAUGACAGACUUAUCUGAGGAUGUUGUCGAAAAUCCUCGACCAAGAAUUCCGAGAUCGCACCUUCAACAGUUCAAUAAGAAAUGACAUAGUUUGUAAAUGUUUCAAACCAU